GAUUAUUCACUGUUGUUCUGAAGUUUAUUUGUAUACUGAAGUCAAGGAUUAUUAGUACAGGAUACACUAAGAUUUUUGACCAAGUCACGGAUUUUGGCUAAAAAUCAGAUUUCAGGGUGGGUGGAGUGGCAAACUGAGUGCCUUCCCUUUCAAAUAGAGCAGAGGAUGUGUCCCAGUGAGUAAUCCACACAGAAGGAAGCAGGAGGGCUGGAGACUCAACUCAGCCAUCGUCUUGGAGCUCUUGUCUUCUCCCCUUCGGUUGGGGACAUUGACCACUCUUCCCAACUUGAAGUCAUCCGGAGCGCCAUCUGCUGCUUAGUGGGGACUUCACAUCACGUGUACUGAUUCCUCUCCAGUAAUCUCAACAUUGCUCUUAAUUGAUAAAAAAUGACACCGUGGAUCUUGGCAUUUCUAACAGUUCCCAUAUAUUUCACAUCAGCUAUAGAUAGUGAACCAUCUUGGGGCCUGGAAAAUGAGGCUUUAAUUGUGAAAUGUCCAAAUAACGUGCAAUCUCAUUACCCUGUGGAAUGGUAUCACUCAACAACAAACCAAAGAAUUUCUACCCAGAAAGGAAAUCGUGUAUUUGCCUCAGGGGAACUUCUUAAGUUCCUACCAGCGAAAGUCAACGAUUCUGGAAUUUAUGCUUGCAUUAUCAGAAGUCCCACCCUCAGUAAUAUUAGAUAUGCUAAUGUCACCAUAUAUGAAAGACAACCAGAUUGCAGGAUUCCAGAUGAUUUCAUAUAUUCAACAGUACAUGGAUCAGAAAAAAAUGCCAAAAUACAUUGUCCUAAAGUUGAAUUCUACAAUUGGACAGCACCUCUUGUGUGGUUUAAGGGUUGUAAGGCCCUGCAAGGACCAAGAUACAUGACACACAGGGCGUAUUUGGCCAUUGACAACGUGACAAGUGAUGAUGCAGGGGAUUAUACAUGUAAAUUAGUACACAGUGAAAAUGGAGUCCAUUACCCUGUGACAGCAACCAGAUCGUUGAUAGUCAAAGAGAAGCAAGGCUUUUCCAUGUUCCCAGUAAUUUUAGCUCCUCCACCAAAUGAAACAAAAGAAGUCAAAAUAGGGGAAACAGCAAACCUAAUGUGCUACGCUUGCUUUGGAAAAGGCCCUCAGUUCCUUGUUCAUGUCCUGUGGAAAGUUAAUGGAAGUAACGUAAGAGACUUUGGUGAUGCAAGAAUCCAAGAGGAGGAAGGACCCAAUGAAAGUUCUAGCAAUGAAAUGACUUGUCGCCACAAACUCUUAAGGAUAACUGACGUGAAUGAGACGGAUUUAUCUCUGCAGUUCGACUGUGUGGCCCUGAAUCAUUAUGUUAUGAAAAGGCACACCACGAGACUAAGUCGGAAAAAGCCAAUUAAUUAUCAGAGCACCUACCACCUAGUUGCUGGAGGUAGUAUAUUGUUAGUGUUAAUCACUGUCUUGGUGAUCAUCCUAAAAGUGUUCUGGAUUGAGGUGAUUCUGCUCUGGAGAGACACAGUUCGACCUUACAAAACUAGGAAUGAUGGAAAGCUCUAUGAUGCUUAUGUUAUAUAUCCACACGAUUACCAACAGAGUUCAGAGGAGAUCAGUUCUGUGGAAUAUUUUGUUCAUCAGAUUAUGCCCAAUGUCCUUGAAGAUAAGUGUGGAUAUAAAUUAUGCAUUUAUGGGAGAGAUCUGCUACCUGGAGAAGAUGCGGUCACCGCGGUGGAAUCCAGCAUAUGCAAGAGCAGGCGGCACAUUUUCAUCCUGUCUCCUGUCAUCGUGCACAGCAAAGAGUUUGCCUACGAGCAGGAGAUCGCCCUGCACAGCACCCUCAUCCAGAAUGACUCCAAGGCGAUCCUGAUUGAGAUGGAGGCUCUGAGCGAGCCAGACGCUCUGCAGGAUUCUCUCAAGCACCUGAUGGAAGUGCAGGGCACCAUCAAGUGGAGGGAAGACAAUGUUGCCAACAAAUGGUCCCUGAAGUCCAAGUUCUGGAAGCACGUGAGAUACCAAAUGCCUGUGCCGCACAAACUGCCCAGAUAGACUCCCAGUGUGGCUUCCUGGGAGGGCAACAGCGCUUGGUUUUAUGGACGAAUGCAUCCGAGUUUGUAUCUCAGUCUGUGUUGCUCUGCUUUUAAAGUAAAUAAAUAAACU